UACUCAGGGGGCGGGAAGAGGCGGUGCUGGGCAGGAAGGCAAUAUGGCGGCGGUAGCGCAGUGCGUGUGGGGCUCGCUGCGCUCUCGGUCCCCGCUGCUGGGCCUGGCACUGAGGACCUCUCCACGACUACUUUGUGUGGCAACGCAGAAGAGCACUGGCCAGAACUUGGAAGAGGACCAGGGUCAGAGCCACAAUGAGCAGAAGGCUGAACCCAGUGCUGCUGAAAGAAUGGUAACUGAGGAAAAGGCCAAACUGGAAGAGCAGCUCAAGGAAGUUACUGAUAAGUACAAGCGGGCCUUGGCAGAUGCAGAAAAUGUGAGGCAAAGAAGCCAGAAACUAGUAGAAGAAGCAAAGUUGUACGGUAUUCAGAGUUUCUGUAAGGACUUGCUAGAAGUCGCAGACAUUUUGGAGAAAGCAACACAAAGCGUUCCAAAAGAAGAAAUAAAGGAUGAAAAUCCUCACCUGAAGAGCUUAUACGAAGGUCUUGUCAUGACAGAAGUACAGAUCCAGAAAGUGUUCAAAAAACACGGGCUGCUCAGACUGGACCCUGUCGGAGCCAAGUUCGACCCCUACGAACAUGAAGCGUUGUUCCAUGCUCCCAUGGAAGGGAAGGAGCCUGGCACCAUUGCAUUGGUAUCCAAGAUUGGCUAUAAGCUGCACGGGCGCACGCUGCGGCCUGCCCUCGUGGGAGUUGUGAAAGACGCUUAGCUGCUGAAUCAGAUAACAUAAAAUGCCAUACAAUUAUUAAACAGCUGGAUGGUUUUUCUCUUACAUCGUGUUUCCCUUAUUCCUCCGUCCCCCAGGAGGUUUCAGUGAACCAGUUGAGGUCUCCCAGUGAUGAAAACGAAGCAGUCAGUGACAUUCUGUUGCUUAGUGGCCUUCAACACUGUUCCUUCAGCUCUCUUCUUCCAGUAAUAUUUGUUACAACCACGGCUACUGAAGGUACAUUAAAAUGAACAAAGUGCUCACAAUUCUGUUUUUAUCACUGUAAAGUGAAGAUCCAGUCAGUGGUUCAGAUGGUUCCUUUCCCUUUGUAGAACCUAACACUGCAAAAGUGGGUGAAGUCAUACAGAUAAUUACUGGUACUCUGCAAUUACCCAUUGGCUUUUUGGCUGAUGGAAGCACCCAUUUUUGUAGUGUGCCUAUUCAGAAACAAUCCCUCUCAACAACUGAAGUACAAAUGUUUGUGAAUUCUGACCUCUAAAUAAAAGAUGAGGGAGAGCAGACAUCCUUUCUAAUUGUUCAGCCCUUUUAGAUCAAUAGUCAAGUUAAGUUGAUUGACUCAAGAAAACCAUCUAAUACUUGUAUGGCAUUGAAGAACCAAUACAACUUACUUAUCCUAUCUAUCUCUGGAUUUUUAAUUUAAUAUUUAAAUUGAUUUAAUGGAUUUUGAUAGACUUGUAACUUUCAAGCUCUGCCAUCGGUUUGUUAUGCAAGAUGUAGUUAAAACUCCACUGAGAGUCAGAAUACCUGAAGUGGUAUCUGCUACAUUUAGAGCUACACAAGUAAUUGUAAGUGACUCAAACAACAGUGUGAACUCAGUUUCAUUUCUUGUGUUUGCUCACCUUGGAUCUUGGGCUGCAAUAGAACUUUUCCCAUGUGCA